AUGCGCCCCCUAGAGCUCAUCGAAGAGUUGUGCGGGAUGUUCCCAUUGUUCGACAACCAGGACUUAAUGUCGCAGGGCAACAUCCCUUUACCAAGGGCAUCCCGUUUUACUGGGAUGGCCCCCCGCGCUGCGGGGCCUGAUCGGGUUCAACGGUCAUUUGCACCUGCAGGUGAUGUUGCAUCUCGAUACCGUAUGGUAUACACAUAUUUGCCUCUUUGUGGUGCAGAAAAAUCUCGUCAAGAAUUUACCGAUGGCGUUGUUUUUAGAGAUGAGACUAUGGGAGUACAAAAGUCUACAACACGACAAUACAAGCUUCCACCUGUUAGACCCCCAAGGGAGUUGCUCGUGUCAGAUCCAGAGCCGACGCCACUUGCUACCACCACUCCCCCCUCUGCAUCAUCAACUGUUGCAAGAGCUACACGUGCUACUGUGGGACCUUUGGUCAAUGAAAGGGACUCAAAAACCGUUGUGAAGGAUGCUAAGAACUAUGUGGUUGUAGAAACACUGAAUAAAUCUUUAGCACGACCUAGUCUGCUAUACUUGCAGAGCAAGGAAACUGUCGGGUCCGAAAAUAUCGGAGUUGGGUCGGGCGUCGGACUGUUGGGAAUGUGUCGGAUGAUAAAGGAAUGUGUUGGAAGGAAAAGCGAGAGUAGUAGCGAUAUUUCGGGUCCGAAAUCCUAUGUAAUAGGACAUGUGGUACUGCGGACCAUGAGAAAACAUGUAAUAACGCUGUAUACAAUGCUUAGCAAGUCAAAAGGAGUAAAUGCGCACCUAGUGGGGAUAGAUGCGACUGGACAGGACAUAGGGAGGACUGGUGCGAUGCGCGGGAAUGUCGGGUCAGGAUCGGACAUGCGUUGGACUGUCGGAAAGUGCGUCGGGUCGGGAUUGGACUGUCAGACUCGGGUUGGGGUAGUUGGAAAUAGCUUGAGAAAACUAUGGGUCGAGGAAAAUCUAUCUGCACUAUACAAGACCGUCAUUACGCCGAUGUAUACGAUACUCAAUCACUUCAAGCAAUCUGCGCAAGACCUCAUCGAAAUUUUAUACAGCCUCCAACUAUCCAUUUGGACCGAGUGGACGGCCCAGAUUAACCACACUAAAUCAACUGUCACAUUUCUGAUUUGCGAUGACAGUCUCAAUUAUAUAUUUGGCAAUUCAGUUAAGAUUCAUUGA